GUUGCGUGCAAGUGAACUCUCCCCAGCUCGUACCCUACACUAGCGGCGUUCUAGUUACCGAAGGAUGUGCGUAUCGUCGACAACCAGAUCGUGGUCGAAUCUCGCCGUGAUUUUCCUUUGGCCGGCCGGCCGGCGACGCCCGUCGUGAUUUCAAUUUGUCCUUGAUCCCAAUGCCGGACGAGAUGACCCGGACUCCAACGGCUACCACGGCCGCGCACGCACCAAACCAAACGCGUCGCGUCGGUGGACGGCGCCGCCGCGCCCACGUGGGCCCGUCCCAUCCGCCCGUUCCCGGCGGGGCCCACCCGCCGUCAACGGUCGGAUUUCUCGUCACAUCGGCUGCCCCACCGCUCCAUUUCAGACAGCGGCGCCUUGCUCCACCGCUCCAUUUCAGACAGCGGCGCCUCCCCCCUUCCGGCUCUGUCACGAGUCGAAAGCACCUCGCGCCUCCACGCCGAGGGUUUCCUCCUCCCCACCCGCGUCGAAGCAUCCACUACCCGAACGGCGGCUGCGGCGGGCCGCCACCCCACCUCGCCGCCUGCGACUCCCCUACCGCCCACUGGCCGUCUCAACACCCCUUUCAGCAACUCCCCUGCCGCCGCCGACCCGUGAGUUGCGACUUGCAGGUAUUACUCGAUUUGCAGAGUGCGGAGGUUUUGUGGCCAUAAAAGGUUACAUUCGGGACAACAAGGUUUCUAAGUGAAGUUGGUAAUAAAGCACCUCCAAAGCUAUCUGCUGUUAUUGCCUAUGGCAACCAACGAGAAUCUGCCACCAAAUGUUAUCAGGCAAUUGGCUAAAGAACUGAAAAAUCUUGAUGAGUCACCUCCAGAAGGGAUUAGUGUUAUUGUCAAUGAUGAUGAUUUCACCACUAUUUUUGCUGAUAUUGAGGGCCCUGCUGGAACUCCAUACGAAAACGGAGUAUUCCGGAUGAAGCUAUUAUUGUCUCACGCCUUCCCUCAAUCUCCUCCAAAAGGAUUCUUCUUGACAAAAAUUUUCCAUCCAAACAUAGCAACUAGUGGUGAGAUAUGUGUAAACACACUGAAGAAGGAUUGGAAUCCUGGUCUUGGAUUAAGACAUGUUCUUCUGGUAGUGAGAUGCCUUCUGAUCGAACCAUUUCCUGAAUCUGCGCUUAAUGAACAAGCUGGGAAGAUGUUACUUGAAAACUAUGAGGAAUAUGCACGGCAUGCAAGGUUAUACACUGGCAUCCAUGCCCUUAAACCUAAGAAUAAGUCCAAGACUGGAGCAAUUUCGGAGUCAACCACAGCUCUGAAUGUGGACAAGUCUAGUAUUGCUUCCAGUGAGAACACACUAUCAGCGCCAACAGCAGUAUCUACCUCCACUGCAACCAGAGCUUUUGGCACGAACUUGCAGGAUCAGAAUGCUACUGUUUCUGAUCCUGCCCUAGGAGCGCCAGCACCUCGAAAGGAUGAUGCGCCGCUUGCUUCCAAAGUUCCAGUGGAUAAGAAGAAGAUGGAUGCUAGGAAGAAGAGUUUGAAGAGAUUAUAGGCAACAAACAUCCUUGGGAGGACGGGGACUUGGGGAGGUGGUCAGUGGGCAGUUGUAAUUUAGAAUUCAAAUUUCUUCGCAUGUGCCGGAUUCAGCAGAUGCAUAGUGAAACUUGGGGGGGGGGGGGGGGAUAUGUCGAGAGGCAUCUGAUGAACUGCCUUUCGGGAGAAGGGGUGCCUGUGUGCGGGGUCCUUCGGGGCAAAAGUUGUAUGGCAAUGUCCAUCGUUGGAAAGAACACUUGCCUCUUUUUCUUUUCUUUC